AUGGUUCCACCAGACUACUUGCUCUGGCCGCUCGAAACCGAGGUGCUCGGGAAGAAGGAGAAAGAGAAGCCCGCUACGGAUAUGUUACCGGCUACCUACCACUACCACGAGGCCGCCGGAAGGCGCGCGGUCGGUAACCCGGCGAAGGACAUACCGGCCUUCUUACGGAGAGAGCUUUCUCUCGGAGACCUAGCUGAUAUGAUGCAACACCUAUGGUUUGCCGGCGCAAAGCGUCCCGCCAUGCCGCUGCACUCUCAUGUCGCCAUAGGUCGGGAGAUCGCUAUCACCGACCGGAUGGAUCUGCACCUCCUCUGGGAUAACAAGGGGAAGCUCUUCAUUAAGCCCGUCCCACGCUUUCUCCUCGAUCCAGCUUUUUGCAGCACCAACCUACAAUGCCCGGAUGCCUGCGCCUGCCACGACCCUCCGGCGGAUACGUGCCGGGGAAUCCCACGGAGAGUCGCCCUCGGCUUUCUCUACACGUACGCCUGUCUUGUAUCGUCGGAGAGCGACUUCUAUAUCGCCAACGAAAAGCACCUCUUGCCUUACAGGGAAGACGACAAGCCACUAGAAUGGGCAGACUGGAAGAUCCUGGCCAGAGAGCUCCUCCGAAUGUAUGAGCGCGAACUAGAUGUUGUCCACCCUCGCUUCCUGCGUGCCGAGCUCCGUCUCUCCCGUAUCAAUAUCAUCCACCGCUUAACCAGCCUCCCACUGUUCAACCCCUACCUCCGCGGUCGGCACAACUACGGUAGCUUCUUCCGCGAUAACCUCACCUGGAUAACUACUGCCACCGUCUUCAUCGCCCUGGUGCUGACCGCGAUGCAGGUCGGCCUCGCCACGGAACGGCUUAAGAAAAAUGCCGCCUUCCAGCAGGUUUCGUACGGCUUUACCGUCUUCGCUAUCUUAGGUCCUUUGUGCGCGUUCGGCUUGGUGGUCCUAGACGCGCUAUUCCAUCUCGUCAAGGACCUGCCGUCGCUUCUCAGAGGACGGCGCAGCCGCACGGCGCCCAACCGCACUAUAUCUGGUGCUGAGCCGGAGGCUUCCGCCUAG